AUGGCUCGAGUCAACUUUCGCGGUAUCGACUUGCAUGAAGACCUUGAGUUUGGACUGAAUCAAGUGAUCGCUUUGGAUCUUGAAGGGGCGGAGGGCAUGAAGUUUCAUCUCUACAGUGAUAUUUUUUUGCAUAUCGAGUGGGAGAACGUAGAGGGCGCAGUCUUUCGAGAGUACAUCAAGGAAUUUGACACUAAGGCACUAUGUAAUGAAUUCAUGGCAGCUUUGCGGACUUUGUCUGGGCUUCCUACCAAGGUUGUCUGUGAGUAUGAGUCGGCACAGCGCGUGAAUGAGAUGGUUGCUGGUGUUGUUGACAGGGUUGUCGACGGGUGA